CGCACACGUGCAAUCGCACUGCCGACACGGCUCUUCGUUUCGACAGCGAAACUCUCCGUUCGCGCGCUUGCCUGCUUGCGCGAAGGUCGGCGCAUGAGCGGUGGAGAGGGAACACCCGGCCCGCGAGACCGCGCGCGCGACGCGCAGGAAUUGUAUCUGCGUAUCUACGCGAUUGCUCGCUGACGCCCGCCCGUUGAGCACUUUACCGUUUGACUCCGCGAGUUCCGGAAGACAAAGGAGAAGCUGCUCACAGGAACUGCGCGCGCGGGUGUUUGCUUGCCUUCUCCGCAGACUGCGCGACAGCGGUGCGACUUUGGGACCCGGGGUGAGCGGGCGGGAUCCGAAGAACGGAGCGAGGGCCUGUCAGGAAUCGCAUCGCUGUGACGGCAGUCGUCGUGGUCGUGGUCCCGUGAUUCGGCAGCACAGUACACCCUCGUCAUGGCCGUGCGGUACUUCCACGCGGCCGACUACUGCGUGCUCGUGGCCGUGCUGUGCCUCUCUUCGUUCAUCGGCGUCUACUUCGCCUGGAAGGGCCGCCGCAGUACCAACAACAAGGAGUUCCUCGUGGGAAACAGAAUGUUGCAGGUGUUUCCGGUGACGAUGUCCAUAAUGGCAAGUUUUUUGUCGGCGAUCGCCAUUUUGGGCGUGCCAUCAGAAAGUUUCAUCAACGGCUCCCAGUACAUGGUCAACUUCAUCGGUGUCGUCAUCGGCAUCCUGUUGGCAGCUCACGUCUUUAUGCCCGUGUUCUACGAAAUCGACAUGAUCAGCGUGAACCAGUACCUGGAGAAACGGUACAACUCUGUCUUCAUCCGAAAGUUCACUUCCGCCAUCACUGUGGUUCAAACGUGUUUCUACAUGGGAGUAGUAUUAUACGGUCCGUCACUUGCACUUGGGUCGGUGACUGGUCUUCCAGUGUGGCUCUCCAUUGUGCUCAACGGAAGCGUUUGCGCCUUUUACACGACAAUUGGAGGCAUCAAGGCUGUCGUCUGGACCGACGUCAUACAGAUGUCGCUCAUGCUUUCCGGAUUCUUCAUCGUUCUCAUCAAGGGCUUGAUGAUCACUGGUGGGCCUGCCGCCGUUUUCGACACCGUGGACAAGCAUGGCUUACUUGAGUUUUUUGACAUGAGCUUCAACUUUCAGAAGACGUUCACCUUCUGGGGCGUCGUCAUCGGAUCCACGGUCACCUGGACCAUGGGACUGUGCACCAACCAGACCAUGAUUCAGCGCUACUGCAGUCUCCAAUCUAUUAAGAAGGCUCGCUCGGCGCUGUACGUCAACAUGCUGGGUGUCGGAGGAACGCUGACGUUAUCUUCGCUCUGUGGUCUCGUGCUUUUCGCGAUUUAUCAUCAGUGCGACCCGGUGAAGGCAUCCGUCAUCAACAAGUACGACGAGAUGAUGCCGUACUUUGUUAUGGACUCCCUUGGCCACCUACCGGGCAUGACGGGACUGUUCGUCACGGCUGUUUACAGCGGAUCACUCAGCACCAUGUCGUCUGGCUACAACGCCUUGGCCGCCAUCACGUGGGAGGAUUUCCUAAAGCCAAAGCUCAAGUUGUCUCCCAGGGGUGUCAUGUGGGCAACGAAGGCGAUAGCUGCCACCUACGGUCUCCUCACGGUGGUCAUCGCAUUUCUCGCAGGCACACUGCCUUCCAUCCUUUCGGCAACUUUCGUCACGACCGGGUGCUUCGUAGGCGCUUCCGGAGGCAUAUUCUUCCUCGGUCUCUUAUUUCCAUGGUCCGAAAGCAGGACCGUUAUCAUGUCCAUGUUAACGGGCAUGGCAUUGUCCUUCUGGGUGGCCAUCGGUGGCAUGGUCUACCCUCGGCAGCCUGUGAUCGCGCGCACCACGGUUGAAGCCUGCGCCUUCAACUACACGCUCAAAGUGCCUCCUCAGCGAACAUACCUCUCCGGUGGCCUAUACGACCUGUACCACGUGUCGUACAUGUGGAUCCCAGCAAUCAGCUUCUUCUCCACAAUCUUCGUAGCUGUAUUUGUCACGCUUAUUCGUGGUACAAAGAACUCGGCUGAUGUAGAUCCAAGCCUGUUAGCGCCGGGAAUUAGGGAGUUCUACAUGAGGACGAGGACAAAGCAGGAACAACAGUGCACCAAGGAACAAAAAUGCGUGCCCGUAAAGGUGGAGGACACGACCGCCGAGAAACCGGAGAAACUCCGCGAGAUCGUCGGCUACACCAACGGUCACGUGAACUAUGCUAUGACCAAUGACGACGGCGCGGAACACACGGCCAUGUAGGCGUCGAAAAGACUGUGAUAUUUAAGGCUGACGAACUGUUUACGUCGUUUGUGCAUACCUCGGUUCAUCUGCCUCGAAUUGUAAAUGUACAUAGCACUCUCGCAAAAUAUGUUGCACGUCUUGCAGUGGAGUCGGUGCAAAAAGAAAGAAAUGAUUCGGGGCUGUCGUUUUCUGGCAACGACCAAAUACUGUAGGUGGCAUCUGGCAACCCUAUAGACGCAGUGUCUCGCUUUACGAUCUUUUACUCAGCCUCCUUUCGGGGAUCACUAUACUGUGGGAAACGAGAAUACUUCCAGGUUUUUGCUGCACGUUUUCGACGUAGCUCGAAGGAGAUCUUACUGCCGUUUUUUUUUUCUCUUCAUU